GCCGGGCUUGCAGCUUGCACCGCCACCCCCCGAACCCAGGACUCCCCUCCUACAGCCCUCCCGCACCCGAGGAGCCCGAGGCGCUGCCCGUCUCACGUCCCCACCCCAGGGGAGAGGUGCCCUGCACGUUUCUCUCGAGGCCAACGUCUCCAGGGUCAGCGACAGUUGCCGGCACGCCAGGUGGAAACGUCGUGGCUGGCGUCCGAUGAAACCGGGCGGAGAGCGGGCCUGAGGCUCACGGCCUAGGACAAGGCCUGCCCCGUGACGCCCCUCUGAAGAAACUUCCUACCUACAAAGGCUCGGCCUGCGCCCCGGGGCCCCUUUCGAACCCGAUUCGGCGAUCCCACCCCCACCCCUCCAGCUCAGAUGAAGCAUAGGAGAGACAAGAUGUUGGACUUGAGCUUUUUGACCGAAGAGGAGUAUGAGAAACUUAUGAAGGUCCUGCAGAGGGAUGCGGAGCUGAAGAAGAAGGACAGCGACCGCAUCAGGCGGUUACAAGGAUCUCUCAAGGAUGAUAAGAAGAAGAAGUUUGUAACCGGAGAAUGGUUCAGUGAAGCCAAAGCCCAACGGUUCCAGGAGGAAUUACAAGGCCCCGAUCUGCUGAGAGCAUCGAUUCGGAGGAAGAAGGGACCGAAGGAAAAUGGGAGUCAGGAGCCUCCCGGAGAGAGUUUGCGCUGGACGCUGUCACCGGAGACGAGUCUUCCCUUUAGCAGACCCAGCCCAACCCCACACGACGGAAGGCCCGGUGAGACGGACCUCAUCAACGACAACAGGCGUCACCCCUCUCCCAAACCCAGACCACGGCUCGCCACCCUGCCAACUUCUCCCCCGUCGGACAAGAGGCUCAGUGACGUCUCUCCAGCAGACAGCGGCAUCGGGUUGAGCCCCUUCCUGAUUGCUGCAGACGGCUCACAGCUCUUGGAGAAAGAUCUGGAUGUUCCUUCCACCCCAGCCAUGGUGCCAGAGAGAGACCCAGCCCACGCCGAUUCCCACCUCUGGCCAGACCAGCCGGCCGUGCCCGGCUCCCCUGCCAGGCCCACGGUGGACAAGAAGAGCCCCCGAGGAGAAACUGGCCCCGGCAGCCGGAUCCCCAUCAAAAGGAAGUCCAGCCUGAAGUGGAUAGGGUCGGAGCCGGUGCCGAGCAGCGAGGAGCGGCCCGAGACCCAGCGGGAGCCCCUUGCCCCCGGCGACCUGUCCUCGCCCACGGGGAAGCCGGGGGGCCCUUACACCAUCUCGCCCAUGAGGAACGGCCCCAAAGACGAGCAGAUCGGCCUCAACCGAGAGCACUUCAGGAACCUCAAGGACUUCUGGGAGAAGGGGGCAGAGUGCGCGGCCCCGAGCUCGGCUUCGGAAGCUGAGGAGGAGCUCGGCGGGCGGGCAUCGGGGCCGGGUCGGUCCGCCCCGGGGCCUCCCGCCCAAGAACAGGCCCCGAGGUCUCGCCUGCCCCACAAGCGGCCAGCAACCGUGUCAUCCAGUGAGGAUGAACCGAUCUACUCGGUCCCGCACCGGAAAGGGGUGUGGUCCUCGGCUCCCAGGUCCACCCACGCCAAGGCCCACGGGGCCGCGGCCACCAGGAGCGACUCCAGCGAGGACCGCGGCCGGCAGCCCCUAGUCGGAGAGGAUGGGGCCCCCCGGCCGGAGGGGCGAAAGUCUAGGCUGCCCAUCAGGAUCCCCUCCCUCCCCGUCGAGCCGCCCCCGCGGCAGGCCGCCUUUGAGCCCGAGACUCCGGCCGACGAGUACGUGCUCUCGGAGGAAAGCACCCCCACCGGGGGGGAGUCCCUGCAGAACCGUGUGAAGAUCAUGAUCGAGACCGUGGAAUCCGAAGAUGAGGACCCCGGGGACUGGGGACAGCCGGUGGGGAAAAAGCCCCCGGGGAUGACCAGCGAGCCGGACCAGGGCAGAAAAAGAAAGGCCCCGGGGGUGGACUCGGCCACUCCUUCGAGCACAGAGGUGACCGGCUGCAGUUCUCCCGUUGUCCAGGCCCUGGCCCGAGCCAGUGGUGUGAAUCUGGCGAAGAGCAUGGUGAACAUUUAUACGAGUACCGAGACCUAUAACAAGCCUCAGAACCGUCAACUUCUUGAGCCCGAGAGAGCCAAAGACCUGAGCCGAUCCACUCCCGCGUUCUUGUCUGAGACCGAGUCGGACACGGCUUCGGAGAUCAGCUUCCAGUUCAGCCGGCACAAGAAGACCCCCAGCAUCGGCAGCCACUCUUCAGACAUGGCCUCCGUCUCCUCGGUGAGCGGGAGCGUGCUCAGCGUGUACAGCGGCGACUUCGGCAGCGUGGGCGCCCAGGGAACUGUCCAGUUCGCCCUGGACUACGACGAGAAGAACAGGGAAUUCCAGAUCUUCGUUUCCCAAUGCAAGGACCUGGCCACGGUGGAUGAGCGCAAGGGCAGAUCCGACCCGUACGUCAAAACCUAUCUGCUUCCUGACAAGGCUAGAAUGGGGAAGAGAAAAACCUCUGUGAAAAAGAGAACCGUGAAUCCGAUUUACAAUGAAGUGCUGAAGUACAAGAUAGAGAAGAUGGUUUUGCUGAUCCAGAAAUUGAACCUCUCUGUGUGGCACAAUGACCCCUUGGGACGCAACAGUUUCUUGGGAGAGAUGGAAAUAGACCUCGCCAGCUGGGACUGGGGCAAUCGGAAACUGAACUGGUAUACCCUCAAGCCGCGGAGCCUAUCUGCCCUGAAUGGCGUGGAUCACCGAGGAGUGAUGAAUCUCUCCAUUAAAUACAUUCCCCCGGGGAGUCUCGGCCCCAAGAAUCCUGUGUCGGGAGAAGUGCACAUCUGGGUCAAAGACACCAAAGAUCUGCCCCAGCUCCGCCCCUCCGGAGUGGACUCAUUCGUGAAAUGCUACGUGCUCCCGGACACCAGUAAGAAGAGUUAUCAGAAGACCCGCGUUAUAAAGCGGGAUCCCAACCCCAUUUUCAACCACACCAUCGUCUACGACGGUUUCCACACGGAGGAUUUGAAAGACGCCUGUGUCGAGUUGACGGUGUGGGAUCACGAGAAACUGACCAAUCACUUCCUCGGAGGCCUGAGGUUGGGUCUCGGGACAGGAUCCAGCUACGGCGUCCCCGUGGACUGGAUGGACUCCACCCAGGAGGAAAUGGCUUUUUGGCAAGACAUGAUGUCCGCCCCAAAUGAGUGGAUCGAGGGGUCCCUCCCGCUGCGGUCUCUGGCCGGGCGGAGGAAGCUGAAAUGAAACCGGCGGCUUCCAGGCCGGCAGAGCCCCGAGGGCGGUGGUGGGUUUCAAACCGCCACCUCCCGCGGUCCGGAACUCUUCCAUGAUUUUUCCCAAGUCCCACGGUACGGUCGGGCCACCCGUUUCCCGCCCCGGGAGACUCUCCGCAAGGGCCCGUCCAGGCCGGGGUCUGCCGUCUGUCCUUGACUGCGUUUGGAGGCGGGAAAUCUCAUCCCAGACUCCACUCCCAGGCCGCUGCCACCCUCCACGCCCGCGCCACGAAUGUGGAUCGGGAGACAGCCGGGCGGAGGCCUGCUUGGGAACUCUUCCGAGACUUGAAGCUCAAAGAGAUGUAAUGGACGCUCCCUGCGCCUCACGGGGAACGAAGGAUCUAGUGGCCCGAGUGGUGCUCUGUCCCCACCAGGGACCCUCGGGUGGUCAGAUCCCCAUCCUGGCUCGUGGGCUCAGCCUGGUAGGGACCGAGAGGGACUGGGAUGGCAGAAGAUCCAAACCCUUGGGCCGGGCACCCCUGGGCGGUCCACAGCUACAGAAAGUUGGGCCGGUUUAUUUCCGUAGCUACCAACGGGAGGAGCCCAGAGGCCUUUAUUCAAGGGGCCGAGCCCGGAUGGUACCUUCACCCCAACUGAGCUGGAAGCACAACUCCAGACGGGCAACUCAGCCCCGCGGUGCCUCAGGGACGGGCAGCUCGUCAUCGGGGGCUCAAAGAUCCCCACACGGAGGCAGGGGCGGGAGGCCGGUGUCCGGGGGAAGGAAGGAGCCGGAACAGCUGACACUUCACCUUCGACUGAUUCUGUUUCCUGGGAGAAGUCACCUCUCUGCUUUGGGCCUCCGUUUCCCCACUCUGCAACCUAGGGAAAUGACCUGCAUUUGGGGUUAGUCGGGGAGGGGGGAGGAGGAGGGGCAGGGAGAGAAACAUGCCGAGGGGGUUUGCAACCUUAAUGAGGAGGGGGCACAGAGGGCCUUAUGUUCUGCAGAACGUAAACCUGCUACACGGAAACGCAAACUUGCUACACACACACACACACACACUCUCUCUCUCUCUCUCUCUCUUUCUCCCUCUCU